GAGUCGGGAUGCCGGACCACGCACUGCAACCUGGAGGUGCUGCAGGAGAGCACCCUGGUCUUCCUGGCCACCAAACCCCACAUCCUGCCAGGCGUCCUGCAGGAGAUCCGGCCUGCUGGGACCGUCGCGCUGGUGGCUGGCGUCACCCUCCAGACACUGCAGCGGCUUCUCCCCGCCGGGACCAAGGUGCUGCGGCUCAUGCCCAACCUGCCGUGCGUGGUGCAGGCAGGGGCAAUGGUCUUUGCCCGGGGCAGCGGUGCCGGUGACGGGGAAGCCGCCCUGCUGAAGAGCCUGCUGUCCUCCUGUGGGCUGUGCGAGGAGGUCCCCGAAUCCUACAUCAACAUCCACACCGGCCUCAGCGGUAGCGGGGUGGCCUAUGUCUACCUGUUUGCUGAAGCCUUGGCUGAGGGAGCGGUGAAGAUGGGCAUGCCGGGCGGCUUAGCCAGCCGGAUCGCAGCUCAGACACUGCUGGGUGCAGCGAAGAUGAUGCUGGAGACUGGGGAGCACCCGGCAAAGCUCCGAGGAGACGUUUGCACCCCCGGAGGCACUACCAUCCACGCGCUGCACCAGCUGGAAAAGGGAGCGCUGAGGGCCACUGUCAUGAACGCUGUGGAGGCGGCCACCAACCGGGCACGUGACAUGGCCAAGGACUAG